GCAUAUUAAAUAUAACGGUGUCAAAAUUUGCUGUUUAUUAAUUAGAAAUGACGAGUCCAAAUAUAUCUUUGUUGAUAUGGUGUGAUGGCCGUAUUGUGAGUUCUCCGUGUGGAAUAGAAUACCACGGGGGUCGUCCGGUUAAUAUGGCGCUUAGCGAGAGAAUGAGUUUCGAGGAAUUACAAAAUAUUUGUAGAAGAGCAGUUUCUACCGACGGGGAAGUAGAAAUUUCAAAAAUCUACUUCCGGCUUCCAAGAAUAGUUGGGGGUGCGAUACGCUCGUACUCGUUGUUUUCCGUGGAGAAUAACGAGCAUGUGUUUGGAAUUUUGAACGAGGUCGUGCGGUAUCCGCAACUCGAGAUUUUGGAAUUGUACGUGGAAUACGAGGCCGUGGUUCGCAACAAGACUUUACUAGAUCAGUUGGUCUUAUGUGAUUCAAGCGGGUCUGAUAGGGGUAGUGGUGAAGAGGAAGAAGAGGAAGAAGAGGAUUUCUACGACAGCAACGAAGAGGAUGUCGAGGAAGACUUAGGAGCAGAUUCACAAUAUGAGUCGCAACUUCCUGAGCAUGUAAGAACGGCGGAUCUUUGCGACUUUGACGUCGCCCCGGAGGAUGAUGAAAAGAUUAUGUGGGAUCCUGGGAUGGAAUUCCGAGUAGGGAUGGUAUUCCCAAAUCGCGAUGCCGUCCGAGCUUGUGCGACUACUUAUUCGGUCGGGGUGGGAAGAGAGUUCAAGGGUCGCCGGACUACCAACUCGACAAUAGUGUUGGCUUGCAGGCAGAACCCUGUAUGUAAAUGGUGGCUGCGCGCUACACUUCUGCAAGCAACUCAGACGUGGACGUUGACAAAAUAUAUUGGCCCGCACACGUGCAAUCAGCUGUUACCUGAUCCAAACCAUCGGAAUUUUGGGUCUGUUGCAAUCGCAGACUAUAUCAAGGGUCAAGUAAAGCUGCAACGUGAUAUACGGAUCGAUACCCUCAGAGCUGGAAUUUGGCAACAACUUGGAGUUAGGCCUCCGUAUAAACGAACCUGGAAUGCAAAGGAAAAGGCAAUAGCUGAUGUUUACGGUGGCUGGUAUGAAUCAUUUGGUAUGGUUCACAAGUUCAUGAACGAGAUGAUGCAUGUCAACCCUGGAUCUUUCUGGGAUGCAGAAGGCGCCGAGGUGUACACCGACGGGAUCCUUUAUUUAUCGAUUUUUGUAUUUUAG